AGGAACAGGACGCCGAUCGACCCGGCGCCUAGGCUGGCAGGCAGGCUAGCCUUCGUUCCUUCGCGAGCUCCCGGGGCUCGGGCUCCGCUUCAGUGUCUCCGCCUCUCUCCCGCCCCCUUUUCGGAUGCUCGGGGCACCCGGAUGGAUUGAGUGAGCCUAGCUUUCGCCACCUCCUCCUACCGGCUUAACUUGCUCAAACUUCCUCGGCCGGGGCAGAGCGCCGCCGCCGCCGCCCCCGCGGGCCCUGUUUUCCAGAAGAUGCACUAUUACAGAUAUUCUAAUGCUGAAGUCAGCUGUUGGUACAAGUAUCUUCUGUUCAGCUACAACAUUGUCUUCUGGUUAGCUGGAGUUGUUUUUCUUGCUGUUGGACUCUGGGCAUGGAGCGAGAAGGGGGUGCUUUCAGACUUGACCAAAGUGACUCGUCUCCAUGGUGUGGAUCCUGUGGUGCUAGUCCUGAUUGUGGGGGUAGUGAUGUUCACGUUGGGCUUUGCUGGCUGUGUAGGGGCCCUGAGGGAAAACAUCUGCCUCCUGCAGUUUUUCUGUGGGGCUAUUGUGCUGAUAUUUUUCCUGGAGCUGGCAGUGGCUGUGUUGGCCUUCCUGUUCCAGGACUGGGUGAGGGACAGGUUCAAGGAGUUUUUCGAGAUCAAUAUCAAGUCUUACCGAGAUGACAUCGAUCUGCAGAACCUUAUUGACUCCCUGCAGAAAGCUAACCAGUGCUGUGGGGCUUAUGGCCCUGAAGACUGGGACCUCAAUGUUUACUUUAAUUGCAGUGGAGAAAGCUAUAGCAGAGAAAAAUGUGGUGUCCCGUUUUCUUGCUGUGUACCAGAUCCUGCACAAAAAGUUGUGAAUACACAGUGUGGAUAUGAUGUCAGGACUUUGACAAAGAACAAAUGGGAUGAAUCCAUCUUUACCAAAGGCUGUAUCCCUGCUUUGGAAGCCUGGCUGCCUCGGAACAUUUACAUAGUGGCAGGCGUUUUCAUUGCUGUCUCCUUACUACAGUGCUUCCCAGUUCCUGCUGCCUGCUCUUGGCCUAUGACUAGCAGCUACUGUUUUCAGAGCCUACAGAUCCCGGAAGACAGUUUGCUGGGAGGUUACUUCCUACAGGUGAGGUUCCUAUUGUGGGCCAGUGAUUGGACAGACGUGAUUGUGCCUGAGAGGGAUUCAAGCCUGUUUUAUAGAAGACUCUGUAUGGGAGGGGCUGGUGAACGAUCCCUGAUUGGUGAUGGGACAUGA